CCAAGCAUGAUUAAGAAUUAGGAAAUAUAGCACUUGUAUAUGUUUCUCAUGUAUUAAAUAUUAGACAUAUCACGUUGUGUACAAGGGCCACCGGCUAGAGUAGUAUUCUGAACUUAUCUGUAAGGAGGUUAGACUAGUUAGAGAUAUCUCUCUCUCUCUGUACCUUAUCUCCACGCCUUGUAAUCUUCUGGUUGUUAGACCAGGACUCUACCAUGACUUGUACAUCACACAAACUAUCAAUAUAUACAUGCGGGUCUCCAUGUUGAGGAGAUUGAGACGCUUCCACAAUUCUUACAUGGUAUACAGAGCAGGCCUUUUCCUUAGCAUCUAGCUCAUCUUCCUCCAUCCGAUUCAAUCUCCAAACCACCACGCCCUAGCCAUGUCCACCUCCACCGCAUCCAUCUCUUCUGGCCUCAACUACAACAUCGCAGAACCUCUUACCCGGACGAACUACGUUCUCUGGCGAGCCCAAGCACGAUCCCAGAUACUGGGCGCUGGCUUGUUUGGCUACAUCGAUCAAACCAUUGAGGAGCCUCCCAAAACAAUCUCUACCAAAGACAAAGAUGGCAAGGAUCAGGUAAUUCCCAAUCCUGCCUACAACCCCUGGUUAGUCCAAGAUCAACAAAUCAUAGCGUAUCUUCUCCGCAAUCUGUCCAAGGAGGUGCUGGUUCAAGUUGCCUCGCUUGAGUCAUCACAUGCGAUCUGGACUGCGUUGGCAAACAUGUUCUCUGCAGUUUCGUUGUCUCGAGUGAACAACAUCAGAUCGGCCCUCACAAACGCCCAGAAGGGGUCCAGUCGGCCUCCGCCUACUUCGGGCAGAUGCGCGCCCUCUCCGACGAGCUCGCGGCGGCGGGCAAAUCGCUCGGGGAGGGAGAGCUGAUCUCCUUCAUCGUCGCCGGGCUUGAUAUGGAGUAUCAGCCAAUCAUAUCUGCACUCGACGUCCGCACCGAGCCCAUCACCAUCGACGCACUCUUCUCGCUGGUGGCCAACUUCGAUCAACGCGUUGAGAUGUUCCAUGGGAACGGCGCUGGUGGCUUCAAGUCAUCGGCGAACGCUGCCUCCAGAGGUCGCUCCGGUGGCGGCAGAGGUGGCUACCGCAACCAGAACCAGAAGAACGGCGGUCGCGGCGGCUAUCCUGGCGGCCGCGGUCCAAAUCCUAACGACGGCGACUACCCUGGCGGUGGCGGAGGUGGCUACGGCGCUGGUGGCAGUGGCUACCCUGGCGCUGGCAGCGGCGGCUACAACAACGGUGGUGGCUCUGGUGGCUACUACUAGAACACCGGCGGAGGGUACCACGGUGGUGGUGGUGGUGGCCACUACUAUCACCAGAACACGUCGGGCGGCAGCAACAGCUCUCGACGCCCCCCCGACAACAACAACAGGGGGCGCAACAACAACUUCCAGGGGUAUGAUGGAUAUGAAGGUAGAUGUCAGAUUUGUAAAAAAAAGGAACCAUCUUGCCAAGGAUUGUGAUUGGCGUUAUGCCGAAGAUAACUCCCAAAAAAAGAAAGUUGCAGCUGUAGCUGACAUGUCCUAUGGUGUCGAUACCAAUUGGUAUAUGGACACGGGUGCCACAAAUCA